AUGAUUACCAACGUAAACGGUAAUGUUAUAUGUGAAGUGUUCUUAUACGUUUCAACGCAAACGCAUUAUUAUACGACCAGUGGCGUUGGUUUAGUAAUUUGUUCGUGUUUAAUGUUUCAGGCAGUGACUGCGCAGAUUUUCAACAAGACUGCGGGCGUCCAAUGUCCAAUGCAAGGCGACGCUGGCAUGCAGGACUCGAUUUUAACCCGUGCGCAUUGCACAUGCCAUCGGGCGCGUCCCCACAUUUGUGGAUAGGGGAAUGCCCUGCAGAUAUGCAGGGUAGCCGCGAUAUACGCCUAUGACCCAAGGAUUGGAAUUGGGCGGAAUAAGCGGUCGCGAACNGGUUCGUCAAAAUAUUGCAAAUAAUACCAUUGUAAUGAGGCAAGGCUACAUAUCUAUAUAUCUAUAUAUAUAGAUUAUUUGCAAUCUCUCAUCACUCUCAUGAACCACCAAAGGUGCAGAAGUGCCAAAGCGGGCUUCUGCCGCCAACCACCGUGUUGGAAAUACAACUGCUAACCAAGAACGUAGUACGAUAUCGAUCGACGCGAUAUCGUGCUACGAGCGUUUGUACGACUUGGCGGUACGGAGGAUCGUAGACGCCGAAAAAGUCAUUGAGUAUUUAAUGUUCAUGAUUUUCAAACUCAAAUUGGGACAGGUAAUAUUAUCGUUAUUCGUUGUAUCUCAGAGACAGUAAGACCAUGAUUUUGUAAUCAAAUAAUAAAAAUUGAUUAUAAUUUUCUAGGCGAUGUACGAGUACACGUUAAAACAUUUGACAACUAAUUUAAGUACGAGUGUAAAGGACGAAAAGGAUACGACCAUUGCGGGCCAACUUUUCGUCUCAAUUAUAAAAAGCGGCCUCGUCUUGUAAAUGAUUUUUUAUAAAUUGUUAAUUUAUUUUAUUUCAUAAAAAACUAAAUCAAAUAUAUUUUUGCGUUUUUUUUUAGAAACGAUCAAGACUAUUGGGAACCCGCUAUGAAGGAGAUUUUAAAUAUUUUAAAAAACAAUAAUUCUAAAUCAACAUUGUAUAUUUUAAUUUUAAAUUUUAUUGAAGGAUUGAAACGUGACAUUGGGGAACGUAUGCAAUACAGAAGUUUAAAUCAAGUAUGAUAAAAAAAUUAAUACCUAUGUUACUAAUGUUUAUCUACCAAUAUAAUAUUAUUAAAUGUGUGUUUUCAGGCGUUUAGAAUAAUCGAAAAGACCAUAAAUGAGAGAAUUCGUAAAGAAAAGGUAUGUACCAAAUUUCUUUAUGGAUAAUUAUUUUACCUAAAUUGUCUUUAAAUAUCACGCUAUUAUUGUUUGGUCGGUCGAUACCUAUAUUAUUUUAUUAAAUUUGUAUUUUCAGGAGUUAAUCGAAGAGAAAGCUAUGCUUAAAAUACGCGAGGAAAAGGUGUGUACCAAAUUUCUUUAUGGAUAACUAUUUUAUUAAAUUUGUAUUUUCAAAGGUUAAUUGAAGAGCUAUGGUUAAAAUACGCGAGGAAAAGGUGUGUUAUAAAUUUCUAUAUAUUUAUUUAUUAUUAAUUAAUGCACCUAAACUAUCCUGAAAAAUCACACUAUUAUUGUUUUGUUGUUUUUUCGUAAUCAUUUUCUUAAAUUCAAUAAUAUUAUUAUUGUGUGUUAAAAAUUAUUGAAAACUUAUGAUUGCCGAAAAAAACCAUUUUCGAAUGGCUUCCGGGAGAAAAAUCAAUAUUUAUCGUUUGGGAUAGCCAGUGUAUUAUAUAAAUAAUAAAAUAAUUAAUUGUUUAAAAUCGUUGUAUUUUGUUUCAGCAAUCCGCUCCACCUGUAACCGUCAAUACAAUUAAAAACUAUUUGAAAACCAACGGUAUGUAAAAUUACAUAUCUAAUUGUUUUUCAUGGAAAAAUGUGUAGUUUUACAAUAGCAUACUGUAAUGUGUACUUAACGUGUAGUUACUUAUAAUACGAAGUUAUUGUACAAUGAAUCAUAUCGUAGUUUUAGAGUUGUUCGUGUGGAUUUUUGUUUCUUUUUUUCAUCUAUUUUUACACAAUAUUCUCGUAAUAUAACGGUAAGUAUGUAAUCAAGACAUCGCAUUUUUCCUUUACGCCUUUAAAAUAUAAAUAAAUCACCAUUAGGUUAAUAAAAAUCAAUUUCUAAUAAGUGUUUAUUAUUCCAGUGAAGAGAACGGCGUACAACAGGAAAGAGGCGGAAGAUUACGCUAUUCGCGUAAAGUCAUUUUGCUGUGACCAAACCGAGGUAAUACAGAAAUGUGAUAUUAUAUCUUGAUGAAAUAUAACCUUCUUUGAUAAUUAUUGUAUUCGUUUACGUUUUAAUCUCACGUUGACAAUUAUUUUGCAAAAUCGCGCGGAUUGUCACGAAAUUGCGACAGACCGUGUUUAACGACAAUCGUUUUUUUUUUCACGAUAAGACCACCGCGCACGAACUCGAUCGCGUAAAGAAGUACUGGCUGAUGAGAAAAUUGCUAUUCCAACGUUUCGACUGUGGCAUACUUUUGGAUCACGGUAUAUAUAUACCUAUAAUUCAUUCGCGUUCUCUAUAAUAUAAUCGUUAUCGUGUUUCGUCUCCGUUCGUUUUACUUGAUUUAAUAUUUGUUUUACGUUUAUCGUUGCACAGAGAGUUUUUACUCUGUAUGCCCAGAGGUGUUGGGGAAGCAUAUCGCGAACCGAUGCAGGUUCCCGGACGGUGUUGCAGUGGACCCGUUCUGCGGGGCCGGCGGCAACGUCAUUCAGCUGGCCGCUACUUGUCGGAAGGGUAUGUAAUUAUUAAUUUAUAAUAUUAACCGUAUGACUGUAUGAUUUAAUAUGUAUUUUUUUCGUUUCUCCGCGCAGUCAUAGCAAUGGAUAUUGAUCCGAUAAAACUGAAAUUGGCCAGGCACAAUGCCGAUAUAUAUGGGUGCCAAGACCGGAUAGCGUUCCGAGAAAACGACUAUUUCGGCGGGACGGCGGUUCAAACGGGGGAUGUAGUGGUCACGUCGCCCCCGUGGGGAGGCCCUGAAUACCUAGGUCGGGAAGUGUACAGCCUCUCGUCCAUGUGUGAAGAGAACGGGGGGCGGCGAAGCCAUUGUGCGUAUAGCGAAAACAAUGGCACCGAAGCUACAUCUACCAAGGACCGUGGACAAAAACGAGGUCGGUUGUGUUCACGUUCUUAUACGUCAUUAUUAUUAUGUGUUGUUUGUUUGUUUUUUUUCUCCAUAUCGAUGUUAAUUUUUGGUCUUCUUUUUUUUUUCAGUGUGUCGCCAUUGCUAGAAAACUUUGCUUUAGAAAAAUUAAGUUUGAAGAUAAUUUUAUCGCGGGAAGACUCAAUUCUACCACUGUUUUCUUUAGUUAGUUUUUAAUCUUAAUAUUUUAAAUGUAUAUUAGUUUUUUAUCAUUUAUAAUAGUUUAGUUUAGUUAGAUUAGUUCUUAGUUUUUUAUUAUUAGUUAAAUUAGUUUUAACAUUGUAUUAUUUUAGUUUGUAAGUGAAACCAUUUUGAAAUGUUUUAGAGAAAUAUUUUUAACCAUUCGAAUCGAAUAUUUUAAAUGUAUAUUAAUUUAUUAUUAGUUAUACUAGUUUAGUUUAGUAUUAGUUUAUUAAUUAGAUUAGUUUUUAUUUUUUUCAUUAUUAGUUAUAUAAGUUUUUAACAUUGUAUUCUUUUAAUUUCUAUAAGACGAGAAUUUUUGUAUAUUUGCCUGUAUAUAUUUAUUUUUUAGACACGUAUUUUUUAAAUGUAUAUAAACACUAGAAACUUGUAAAAAUAUAUACUUGGCCGUAUUGCAUUAUACGAUUUUACAAUACCAACAUCUUGAUGUAUAUUUUUUUAGAAUAAUUGUCAAUAAAACUAAAAAUAAAUAACUUAAUACUUAUUAAUUAAACCCGAAUAAUUACAUAAAUUAUUCACGCCAAACCGGUUAUUAUUUAAACAAUCAGUUUUGUUUUUUAAUUCUAAAACAUUUUUAGGGACAAUUUGAAUGUUUUUGAAGAAAUUUUGAUUCAGUGAGGACAUUUUUAUCUGUUUUGUAAUUUCUUUGUUCAUAUAUUUUCUUUGGUGAUUUUUGUUCUGUUUUGUCAUGGUCGGUAUGUGUCGUAUCAAAUUCGAUGCCCACAUUGGCUUGUUUGAAUUUUGUGUUUAAAAUAUGAUUUUUGAUGUUUGAAUGUUCCCGGGGACAAUAACUAUAUUACCAUUUAUAUUAGACGAGGUACCUAAUAUUUUUAAAACAUUUUGGUUUUAGAAAUUCUGGCCGGAGCUUUAGAAAGUUAUCAGUUUAGUAUACAGAAUUCAAUAUAUACUGUAUAUACUUUACAAGCUAUUUCGGAAGUCUUAAAAUGUAAUGCUGAGGAUUUAUAAAUCAAAUUCCCAUACAUAGAUGUCAAGAGUAUGCCCCCCUAUUUAUAUUUUAUUCCACGUUAAAGUUUACACUGAUAACACAUCUAUCAUUAAAUUUUAUCAUAACGUUGUUAUGCUUACUAAAACUGCAAUGCUACGUGAGAAGUUAAGGACUUCUCCAAUAAAUUCGCGUAAUUUUUCUAACCACGUUCAACAAUGUCUAUUUGAAUACCCUUGAAAGUUUUUCGAACGGUUUUUUAUAGAAAUGUAAAGACUAGAUAUGUUGGUGUAUACCGUAGGGUAGUUAAAAACGGGAACUCCAACAAAUUCCCAAGAGUCUACAACAAUAUAUUUUUGGCUAAUUGGAUAUUUUCCGAAAAGUUCUACUUACAGUGCAACGUCAACUUCGCGUCCAUUUUUACCUGCAGACCCACGAACAUCGCGCGUAAAAUCGCGAAACAAAACGCAACGCCCGAAAACGUAAUGGCGGCCGCACAGCCGCACACAAAAGGCUUAUUAUUACACAAAUCGGACGUGUUUCGCCGUUUCGGCUUUAUCUAUAAUUAUUAUUGUACCGUUUAAUUGUCGCACAAUGUGAAAUCAUUCGUCAUCGAGGUGAUUUUGCCACACUCCGUUCCGAUUUAGUAUACGGGCACACCCACCCACUAUUUUAUUCAUUGUUACCGUAAACGUCAAAUUAUUAUUAUUACCGCUAUUAUUAUUAUUUUAGGCGCUGUAAUGCCGUUAUUAUUAUAUACCUACACAGGUUCGCGAUGCAUACGAAAUAACACAAAUAUACAAAUUGUUAUUCCGCACAGUAGGCAGGUAGGUAUUAUGAUAAUAAUAAUAAAUUCUAUUGGUAUUGUCAAACAAAAUUAAAACACAUUUUGAAAAUAUAGCGGACUGGAUUAUUAUUAUCGGACACCUUUGUUGCAGUUACAGUGUAGUGUCGCGUAUACCUUCGCUUUUAUUACCUGCCCAUAUUUUAUAAUAUAAUAUGUACGUUUAUACCAUAUACAUUCACUUAUAUAUAUAUAUGCAUAUAUAGAUUUAAAAUCGGUUAACACUGAUUUGCCACUGAUUUCGUCUUUUAUCGAAAUAAUCGACGUGGAUUUAUGUGGAUUCGUGAAAUUUUUAUCCACAGUGGCCAAUGCUCCUACCGUACAUUGUACGCUAUAUUUUUUUGUGAAGAUAAAUGUAAACAUGUCUAGAUUGUUAGAAUUAUUCAAAUGGAGAUAAAUAAACAGCAAUCUUAUUUACUAGCUAUAAAAAAAAGAUAAUUUUGUCAAUUACCGCUAUCAUAAAAAUCAUAAAACCCAAUUUUAAAUGUCGGUAGUAAAAUCGUACCGGAUUUUUAUUAUAAAUGUAUAUUUUAAAACAGGUGUGUGGCCACAAACUUAUUAUAAUUUAUUUAUUAUACUAUAUCAAUAUAAAUUGAAUAUUUUACCUAUUAGGUAUUACGAAAAAAUAAAUAAAUAAAGAUUUAAAAAAAAAGGAUGCUUAUUAAUUAAAUCGCCUUUAUCUAUAUAAGAUAAAAGAAAAAUAUAUAUCUAUCUAGUAUCUAGAUAAAAUUACAAAACUGGUCUUGGAGGUGGAUGCAGCACAAAAAAAAAAAGAAUAAUGAAAAGAUUUUUAAAAUUGAUAUAAAGCGCAUAUUUAUUAUGGUCUUAAUGAUGAAUCAACAUAAGAGUAUAUUGGAGAGUGAACGGGAGGGUAAAGAUUGCACUGUCCUCCAAUCCCCCUGUACUGACCACUGACUGGAUUAUACGUUAAUAUACAGUAUACAUACUCAAAUACUUUAUAACACCCAGCCAAAAGAGCAUUAUAUUGGAGUGUAAACAAUAUUUAAAAAAAAAAAAUCAACGUCUCAUUUACCCUUGGGAAUAUUUCCAAAAUAGUAAAUAAUUUUAUUUAAAAUUAUGGUUUUUUUUUGUCAACUAACGAAUAUAUUUAUAUUGCAAUACAAUUUUUUAGAUAUUCAUUCUGUAUAGUGAAUAUUUUGUUUUAUAAUUUUACAAACGUCCAAAAAACUAUAUUUAUAAAUAUUUAAUUAAAUAAUAAUAUAUAUUGUAAGUAUAGGUAAUGUUUCCUAUACAUUAUGACAUGUUAUUUAUCCUAAAUGAGUUACGAAUGGGUAAAAAUCACAGUGCUUUAAUUUUCUUCUAUAUAUUUUGUUAAUAAUUUUUUAAAAAAAAAAAAAAAACUUGUAAUUGAUUUACAAUUUUACGUGUUAACUCAAUAUCAAUUUAUUGAGGAAAUUCACAAAGUAGAAGUUUCAAAAACUGUUUUACGUGUGUUUGUUUUAUUGAUCUUUACGCCGAAAUUGACCCACACCGAGAUGGUCACGCCGAAAUGUCCGGACUCUUCUGUGCGAUAUGAAGAAUAAUUAGGCAUCUACUUUAACAACAUAAUUAUCAUGUACAACAAUUAUAAUAGCGUUUCGAACUUGUACCGUUGCACCUAAGUUUGGUUAGGUACUAAUUCCUUAUAUAUUGAUAUCAGUGCAAAUUAUUUCAUUAAUUUAUUAAUUAAAUUAAAAAUAUUUACCUGUAACGCUAUAAAACAAUAAUUGAUAACAUAAUCGUCCAUACAUAAUGUUAAAUUGAAAUUAUUCCGUAGUAUUAUUUAAUCAUAAUUGUACAUAAUAAGCAGGUUUAAAAUAGUUUCAUUGAACCCUGUACAGGUUUAGACGAAUUACAUUUAUACUAAUGACACGCGUUUGCACCUGUGUUAUAAAACAUGCCAUUGUCUGUGUAUCAUUUAACGAUACAAAAAUACAUUCGAUUAUCGUGUAUUUUUAUUGUUUUAUAUUUUGACGAAGAAACGGUAGUAUAAUUAUAAUCUGUAAGUAUAAUAAAGACUAUACGGCUAAACGCAGUUCGCGAAGAAUCGUUUUAUGUUCGCAGUAAUAUAUUGAUGGUUCCUCUUUUACUAGAUAUAUAUAUAUAUUAUUGUAUAUACUAUAAAAAAAAGCUAAUACGUUUAAAACCUACCUAGUGAUGUUAAUUUUUACGAUCAUUUUGAAUGAAUUGACAUUCCGCCAAUUAUAUUAUGUUUAUCUUUAUUUUAGAUUCUGAAUGUAGCGAAGAAGAUAUAACAUUAGUAUUAUUAAAAUGUGAAUUUUUUGAUCGAUUGUACUUUAUUUGA